UAAACGCGUCAAGAAUGUCGGUACACUCGUCAUCGGCGUCGGCCCGAUGCAGGCGUGUAGCGCGGCCUUCACCGAUACAACAUUCGAGCCACAAACACAGAACGCUUUUCCUGUUAGUCCCAUGCCUUUGGAAGUUGCCGCGGCUUUCAACGACACUUCUUGUCAUCUCUUGAAGAAUGUCAAACAGAAAGGAAGUGUAGCAUCGACGUGGCAGUAUCGUUUUUUCGGCCGACCGACAAGGAGCAGCGAAGAAUACUUAUGCUUCGUCGGAUCGGAUAUCCUUGGGCAGGUUGAGAUAGGCGCCUGACUCCCAUAAUGGGACAGCUAAGCGCUGCAUAUCCGACUCCUACGCCUUCCUUCUCCCCACCAUCAUGGACAUGUACAAUCCCCCGAGGCCAUUGUCUCUCCCACCGCCAAGCUACGAUUCUGCCCCUGCGCUUAUUGACAUACGCUGUUGUUCGCUUAUUAGCAGCUCCUAUUGACGGACAUACCCCGCUGAAGGCACAUGUACAAGCAACUCCUACCAAAUGUUUACGUAUUAUCUUGGCGCUUGUCACCGUUCUGGCGUUUCUUGUCUGGCAUCUUGGAAGCGACUACACCAACACUCGCCGUACCGAUUUCCAAGACAAGAUGCAUCAUCGUGACGAUGCGGAACGAGCGAGGAGAAUCAGGGACGAGGACAUGCAGAGGAAUCUAGUACACCAGCAGGAAGAUGAGGAGAGGCGACGCGCACAUGAAGUAGAGGACGAUAGGAGGAGCGGGGUAAGGAAGAGGGAAGAAAGAAUUAUUCAUGCCGGGCUGGUUGCUGUGGCCCAUAGAGAGGAAGCUGCGUGCUAAAGAGGAUGCGAUACUGGCCGACGAGGAGCAUAGGAAGCGGUG